AUGGAGCUUAUCCAGGCCACCCAGGUUUCCUUGCUGCCUCAGGAAGGCCUUACAGCUACCUGGAGUAACAACUCCAUUCCCCCCUACUCCAAUUUCCUGCUCCUCUCCACUCCUUCUGAACCGCUUCUCGACUUCAUCCCAAAUGAUGGCUCUUUCCUCUUAAACAGCACCAGGCAGAACGGCACCAAAUCUGAAGCUGAAUCCCUCCCUGGCCUGGCUGGAAUCUUCAUCCCUCUUAUCUAUGGGAUAGUCUGUGUUGUUGGUCUCGUGGGCAACACUCUAGUCAUCCAUGUUAUUGUGAACUACACCAAGAAUGAGUCCGUCACCAACAUCUAUAUCCUCAACUUAGCCAUUGCAGACGAGCUCUUCAUGCUUGGCCUGCCUUUCUUGGCGGUGCAAAAUGCUCUGCUCUCUUGGCCCUUUGGGUCUCUAAUGUGCCGUGUGGUCAUGACAGUGGACGCCAUCAACCAGUUUACCAGCAUCUUCUGCCUGACUGUGAUGUCAGUGGACCGCUACCUGGCUGUGGUGCACCCCAUCCGCUCCUUCUGGUGGCGGCGCCCCCGUGUGGCCAAGGCCAUCAGUGCCACAGUUUGGGCAGGGUCCUUUGUGGUGGUGCUGCCGGUGGUGGUGUUUGCCGACGUGCUGAAGGAUGAUGGGAACUGCAGCAUCGUGUGGCCUGAGCCAGCAGAAGUGUGGAAGACGUCUUUCAUCGUGUACACGUGCACCAUGGGCUUCUUCUGCCCCCUGCUGGUCAUCUGCAUGUGCUACCUGCUGAUCGUCAUCAAGGUGCGCAGUGUUGGAAAACGGGCACAGGCCACGUCGUCUCGGCGCAGGAAGUCAGAACGUAAAAUCACCAGGAUGGUGGUUGUUGUGGUGGCAGUGUUUGUCCUUUGCUGGCUACCAUUCUAUGCUCUAAAUAUAGUCAACCUCUUGGUGGUCCUGCCCGGGGACUUCAGGGGGCUCUACUUUUUUGUUGUUGUGCUGUCAUAUGCAAACAGUUGUGCCAACCCCAUACUGUACGGAUUUCUGUCUGACAACUUCAAGAGAGGCUUCAGGAAGGCUCUGUGUGGCACUUCACAUAGGGUGAAGAACAACGACAGGGCUUGCACUGAGGUACAGAGGCCAACAGAGGAGUGGGGCGGCAUUGUGCUCCAAGUACAAAAAAGUGAAGGAGUCGCUGUUGUGCAUCGGAAAAACUGUGGUGAAAAAAAAGAGGAGGAGGAGGAAAUCAAUGGAACAGAAGGGGCCAUGCAGAUGAGUGAAAUAUGCAAAAGGUCACAAAAUGGUAACCACAGUGGAGUAACAGAGGGCGUGAGCCCCCAGGUCAUGCAGAGGAGUAAGUCAGAGCUGGAACACUCUGGUCAGACAGCCACAAAUGGAGAACCGGCUGGGAAGGGCCCAGGCUUUGAUAGUGCUGAGGCAGCAUCCCCUAUAGCCAGUAAAAGUAGAAACAGCAGGUCACAACCUGAAGAAUUCCUGGACAAAAACAAUGUGCUUGAAAUCAGCUAUCUGUGA